AAAUUCAGCAGCAAAAAUUGUUGUGUUUUGUUCGGUCUCUAAUUUGAGCCGUGCCUAGUGUGCGCCGUGAUAGAGAAGCAAACAAAAUAUGGAAGAAUGAAAUCAAUAGUGGCCUGCGCGACCGUUGCUAAGCAGCUCUGAAAAGUGUGCAAAAUUCUUAGCGGUACGCUCCGGAAGUGCGUGUUGUGUUUCAGCUUCCGGACCCGUGGCAGCAGCAGUAGUGUGUGAAGCCGGAUUUUCGUCGUUCCGUCUUCGGCUCGUCAACACCGGAAGUGGUCAAGCUGUGCGUGGCGAACAGGGAGCGGAGCGGGCAGUGGAGUAAACCGAACAGCGCGAAAAGAGAAAUCGACAGACCGAGAUGGCCCUGGUGCGGAAGAAACUUGAUGACAAAAUACUGAAAACGCUCCGGGAGCUGGUCGGCGUCGGCGGCAACAAGGAAUGCUUCGACUGCGGCCAGAAGGGACCCACCUACAUCAACAUGACGAUCGGGUCCUUCGUCUGCACCAGCUGCUCCGGGAUACUAAGAGGACUGACGCCGCCGCAUCGGGUGAAGUCGAUUUCGAUGGCCACAUUCACGCAAGAAGAGAUUGAGUUUCUGAAACAGAACGGAAACGACAACUGCGGCCGAACCUGGCUCGGGCUGUGGGAUCCGAAGCGUGCAAUCAAGCAGGAGCAUCGCGACUUUAUGAUAGACAAAUACGAACGGAAACGAUACUACCUGGAACCCGCUAGUCCGCUCAAAUCGCUGCCCACCAACACGUCCAGCUCGCUGACGUCCCUGACGGCGGCGAAGAAUGCCAAUGAAAGUUUAGUUCCUCUCAAAACGCCAACGCUGACACCGCCGGCCACGUUACGAUUGCAUCGCCACACCUCCGGCUCGUGCAAUGGGCUGAACGCGACCGUGAGCGCGUCCUCGUCGUCCCUCGGAACGACGAGCCAGUUUCAGCAGCAGUUCACACCGGACGACAGCGAUUUCUUCGGCCCGCCGGCCACGGUGACGGCAGAUCCGCCCAAAAUCCUGCCGCCGACACCGCAGAAGCACCCGAACCUGCAGCGCAAGAAUGGCAUCAAGAUGAAGAAACCUGCCGGCGGCGGCGAGCUGGCGGGACCGACGACUUACGGGCGCAACCAGAAGAACGGUUUGCUGAACCACUCGGCGGCAGCGGCGGCGGCCUUCGCCGGUAGCAGUGGAGACAUCAACGCCAACAAGUUCACCCCCGACGGUGACUUCGUGGCCGACUUUGGGAGUGCCACCAUCAUCAGCACCGUCGGCGCCAGCAACGGCGGAAGUCACUACGGAAGUGCCAGCAGCUUGAGGAACGGUGGCGGCGGCGGCCCCGUCGUCGUCGGGUCAGUCGAAAACGGUGUCUACCAUAAUGGCGUGCCGGCGAACGGCGAGAUGGAAAACUUUGCCGAUUUUGACCACAAUCCGAUUUUCAACUCGGCAGAAAACAUGAAGUCGUACUUCAGUUCCAACAGUAUCGACAGCAACAGCACCCCGACCAACAGUGUCAGCAGCAGUACGGCCAGCGUGCAAAGCCUAAACGGUUCCGAUCCGUUCGCCAACUUCUACUCGCUCACGCACACGAUGGCCAACGGUGGUGGGGGUUCCGCCAAUUCGGCCGGAUCUACUGUGGGCACUCCGACGAGCGGCCCGUUGCCAUCCAAGCACCAUCACCACCACCACGGUGGCUAUACGUGCAUGUCGUCACCGGAUGAAAAUGGCGCGCCAAAGUCGGCAAAGGUUGCCGGCUACGGGUUCCCCGGUGAAACGCGUUUCGCGGCCAGCGGAUACGGUGGUGGCAACGGCACCGGCUACAGCCACCUUCAAAACUACGCCAGCGUCGUCGUGGCCCAACAGCAGCCAGAGUGCAAUCGAACACUGGGCAGUGCGGCAAAUGGCAGCUUCCUCCACCAAAACAAUAAUAACAACGAUAGCACGCCGCUCGACAAUGUUCAGUGGAAUUUUUGGCAACAGUUCGGAAGCAACUAUUGGCCACCCGGGGCCGGCCGGGCUGGUGGUGAUGCUAGCUUUCAGCAACCCCAGCCGCCGCAGCAGCAGCAACAGUAUCGCAACAGUAACAUGAUGAUGAGUCCGCAGCGUGCAACUGGCCAAAUUAAUUAUUGCUCAGAUCCGAAUCGAUGGAGUCUUCCGGUGAACGGUUCACACGUCAACGGGGCUAGCAACGGCAACAACAUACACAACACAACAACACCGUCCAUCGAUCGAUACGCCGCCCUGAAGGAUCUGGACGAGCAGUUCCGGGAGAUUAAGCUGGAGGCCGAAUCGAACAACAACAACAACAACAACCAUGGCACCCUAAACGCGUUGAAAGCUUCGGCCGGCACCAACGCAAGCGAUCCUCACACGCACGCACCGGCGAACCCGUUCAAAACGGCCAACCCGUUCCAACAGUCCCAGGCAGCCAAUGCGUGGCCAAUUGCAGCGCCCACCAACGGUUCCCCGGUCAUCGUAGACCCACGGCAUCAGCCGACCAAUGGGACCAAUGGCGGAUUCUACGCAACGUCCCCGUACCAGGGUGGAUUCGUGCAGCCCGGCAGUGCGUCCCAUCUGUUCAACGGUAACGUCAGUGCAUCUCCCGGCGUCACACCAGUGGCCGCGUACCACCAUCCUGCCGCUUACCAUCAGAAUGGCAACGGCUACGCCAUGGUCGGCACCAACGGGGCAAUGAUGGUGAACGGUGGUGGUGGGCCGCAAGUGUUGAGCAACGUUCCGGUUCACCAUUUCGGCAACUUUGGAAACCCAUUUAUGGCUGCCGGUACGACUGCGGGCCACUCGAAUAAUCCCUUCUUAUGAGUAGCUUCGUAGAAGAAUUUGUAUAGCUAGAAAAUUAUCCGUUUCGAUUAAAAGCUGUUUAUGUGUGUCCCUGGCACCCUUCCGGGUGAAGCUUAUUUCUUUUCUCUCUUUCCCUCUCGAUGAUGAGACAGUGAUAAUGAGGCGCGCGCGUGCUUUGAGAUAAAGGGUGGUAUAAACACCCACUGUUACACAAGGCAUCCAAUAGCAUUCGGGACAGGGCCACCUCCUUUAAGAGAUGUAUAUACAUUUUAAUAUACUACAGUGCCGGUACGCGCAAACAAGAAUUACAUGUUUUAUUUAGUAACUAGCAGCACUCCGCGUAACCCGGCCGGCAGGAACACGCUAAAUUAUUCUCAUCUGUAUACCAUUCAAACCGCCCUAGAGCGCGGCAGAUACGCAAGGCUUCGUUCAUCGAUCCGGUUCAAGUGCGGCAGUCCCGGCGUUACUCAAAGCUUUAGCACCAGAGAGACAGAGCCACUCACCAGAGGUUUCAUUUAAGAGGCGACGCUUUUGAGCUAAAACGUUAGCAAGGUUUCCCGAGGGCCGUGAAAGAAACGCGUAGAAACUUUUACAUAGCCAAGCCAGAAGCUUACCCAAUCGUAUCCGAAUGCCCAGCGGAACCCUAGAGUACCGGUUUUGAGUGUCAUUCAAAAUGGGAUAUUCAAACGGAUGGAGCCACUUGGGGGUCUACUGCUGCUUUCAAUCGCUAGCUUCCCUUCCCGGCCGGCAGCUAGAACGCUUAUCACACGGAACUUUGCAACGGUCGCAAAGAAACGCGGUGUGCAGUGUUUGUAGGGUGCGGCCCCGGCGAAGCUUAGCGUCCUUCGGGCGCAAUCUCUCUUCCAGGAGGCACAGUCCAUCGGCACACAGUUUCCAAGCAAAUGACAAACAGAACAAAGACAGAACGCGAGAUGAUCAAAGCAGCCUCUCGGCAGACCAGGUGUCGUGUGUUAGCGUAAUCAAAGUUCCCUUUGGUGGCAGACGUAGAUUUAAAAAUGGCGAACGUUAGCGAUAGUAGUGACAACCAAGAUGAACAAUAUUUUUAGCAUAAAACGAUCAAAUCGAACAAAUUAUUGGUGGUAAAGUUUAUGGAAAGUUGUAGAAAAAAAAUAGACGGAGAUGAGACCUUUUAAUGACGUUUAUUGUUUUGUUUCGCUUCGAAAGAAUUGUGCAUCGCUCUCGGUUUCUUUGAUAAAAGGGUGCACAAUAACCACAACCACAUGCCGACUACCGUUGAUUGUACAGUAGGGAAAAAUAGGGACGGAAUCGGAGAGAGCAGCGCCAGUUUGUCGGAUCGGAUUUUAAACCCUCUAAUCUUGCUAAUGUAAUGUCGAACGAACAAGAGUAUUAUAACUAGGAGGACGUUGCUCCAAUGGAAACCAAAAUGGUGAAAACGUUUUAUCAUCUCUCUAACAAACUUUUUUCUCUCUUGCUCUCUCUCACUAGCUUAAUGCGGGUUCAGUAUUGGUUUGAGGACAAUGGGAGAUGCUUUUAAUAGAGAUUUUAAAUUCCCAACAUUCUUAAACAACAAACAAGAAAGAAUAUUUCCUACUUAAACAAGACCGUUUGCAACGAUUUUAAACGGAAACAGAAGAUGUUGAUGGUCAACCGGAAACCUAGUAGUGACUGCGGACACCAGUCGUUGAAUCUUAGAACAAAUCCAUUUAAACAGAUUGCCGGCGAGAUUGCGCAUCGCGUCGAAACCGGACCUAGCAAAGGUAUACUUCAGUAAACUCUGCUCAAUUAAAAGCGAACACAUUAGAAGAUUCUUCGCCAUUUUAUUCCACUCGAUAAUAUCGGUCCAACAGUUCUCUUUGCCGGAAGUGAAAACACCAACCAACGAGGUAGCUUCGUGGCACGAUGAUGGAAAAAUGUGGGCUUAUAUAAAGAAGACGCUUAUGUGGCCUUAUAUCUAAAAGAACAAAACGUGAAGUAAACUAAUGCGCUAGAUUUGUAGAUUGAAACGGAGAUCUAAUAAACACUGCAUGGAAAGCUAACACCAAGAACACCAACUGCAGAGUACCUUUGACUCGUCGUGUGCAGCGCGUGUAGUGAUAGAACUUCCGACAGACACGGUAGAAACGGCAAUCCGUGCAAAGACGCAGCGGGAGAACUGAGAAUACCGGAGACGAAAAGCGCAACGUUUUCAAGUAUUUGCGUGCCAGGGCCAGUGUUUUACCAAUACUUUAACUGCCGAAUCUGGCAGAAGAGACAACGACGCGAUUCUUACUCGUUAUUGCGUAGGCAAGUUUUAUCCGAAUGCAUCAACGUUGAAAAUAUAGCUUACAGUACAACGCAUUUCCUUUCUGUCGCUUUCUGGGAGAGGAGUUGCUAAUUGUGCUUAGGAAAUGGCAAAGUAUUGCGCACGGAACGCAAGCGUAGGAUGCACGGACAAACCAAGCAAAGUGAAUGCUAAACUAAGUGAUACCCAACAAACAGAACAUCAAACAAAUGGAAAGGUAAACGUAGAACACGAGUGAUUGUGAGAUUAGCCUAGCUACACCACGGCAUUGCGCCUUAUCAGCUUACAAUAGAUAGAUAAUUUGCUUUAAAAAUGGCACAGCUCGCACCCCGAUCGCGCGGCUGAUUUUCUUCGAGCAAGAUCAGCAUAAAUUCAACGCCUUACGGAGCGAGUGAUGUGACAAGAAUGUGAUUAUUGCUGUUGGAAACCACAAGAUCCUAGUGGCAAGGCGUGGCUAACAUCUCUUUUGUGCCUUAAUUUCCCGCUUAAUCCGAAUGUGAUGGUUGUUGUAUUUCAAGAAAGCCGACUCGCGUUACAAACACGAUCCAAUCCGUUUUAUCCCAUCCCAUUGCGGCUGUUCGAUUCACACCUGUUUUGGCCCCUUAAACACUGUUCAGAGGAAAAAGGCUUUCUAUCCUUCGCGCGCUAGCAUGUUUUGUCGCGGCGGCAAAAAGGUUCGUUUAGCUCCGUCCUAUAAUAAGAAACGUAUUACGCCAAGACGCGAACUGUGCUUUGAAAUUUGUAAUGGCACCAUUUUUUCGCUUAAGGAGAAACGUUUAGAUACAGCUUUUUGUCAUACUCCCAGUCUCUCGUUCGCGUUAGAUCACUAAGUACUAGUGGUUCCGGCUGCUCGACACUACUAUGUGCUAUCAUCCGGUAGAGA